UUAUAUGAGUAAUAUCAACUAUUUAGAAAUAAGUAAACCCAUUUGUUCAUUCGAGUAAACCCUAUUUUUUUGUUUUAAUUAAUGAAAAAAUUAUUCCACUUCUGUAAGAGAAUAACCUUUUUUUCAUUUAAAUAACUCACAUACGUCAAGGUGUCAAGGUAAUCCCCUUUGCUCAUCAUCGUAACCCCCUAUUACUUAAUUAAUUGCUUUAUUUUGAAGUGGUCACACCAUGUGGCUUGUCACAUAUAAGACUUUGUGAUACAUUAUAAGUUUUUUGUAAGAUAAAAUUUAUCAAUAGAAAAAUAAUAACUUUUACGGUAUAAAGGAUAACUUUAAGUAUUUUUAACAUAACUUUAAUCCGUUUUACAAUAAAUUAAUCUACACCCGUUAUACACAGGAUUUUGUAUUAAAAAAAAAAAAAAAACCGAGUCACCGCCCUAUAUACUCAACAAACAAAAAACACUCCAAAAAAUUUUACCGUUACUAAAAGAAGUAACCAUUACAAAUUCAAACUCCCCUUUCACUAUCAUUCUCCACUUUCAAAAUUCAAACUCCUUGAAACACCAACACCUUCUUAAUGACAACAAAACCCAAGACAAACUCAAAGAUUUUCUCCAGAUAAAUCAGACAAUACUCACUUUUGUGGGCCCCUUUUUUCUAAUCCUAUAACCAAUCCAAUUUUCCUCACAUCUUUUGUUCUUUCCCAAAUUCCACCAAUUUUCCUUCAUGAACAACUAUUAAUCUUUCCCCAAAAAAAACCAACAAGAAACAAAAUGGCUGGAUUGAAGAAAACGUCAAUUUUACGGCAAACUUCUUAUAAUUCACUCUACACAAAUCCUCUCAUUGACCGAAAAACCAAUGAAAAUGUAGCAGAAGUUGCAGUCAUUCCUCUUGAAAACCACCUUUCUCUCAAAAACAGCAGCAAAAACAUUAUGAAUUGUAAGGAAAAUGAUAUUCCCAUAUUAAAAUCAAAGAAAGUUUCGAACUUUACUGAUGAUAAGGAGAAUUUAGUGCCUAAAAUGACUGAAUUUUGUACCAAGAAACAAUACCCAGAUGGGAAAUCAUUGCAGAAUUGUAAAGAACGAGCUUUGAAGCCUUCUUCUCUUCGAUUGUGUAUACAAAUGAAUGAACCCGACUCGAGUUUCGGGUUCGGUUUUGGUUUUAAGGUGUGGGAUGCUGCUGAGGAGACCGAGAGCGCGAAAUCGGUGAAUAUGUGGGAUUACUCUGAUUCUGAGGCUGCUCCUGCUUCUUCUUGGUCUACAUUGCCUAAUAGGGCUUUGUUGUGUAGACCACUGCCAAUGGAUGUUGGAAGGUGCACUUGUAUUAUAAUCAAGGAAGCUGCACCUCAAGGAUUUCGUGGCGGUUCGUUGUACUCUUUGUAUACCAAUGAGGGUCAAGGCCGACAAAACCGAAAACUGGCUGUUGCUUACCACAAACGACGUAGUGGACGGUCUGUAUUCAUCAUCGCGCAGAACACAAAGGGCGUAUUGUCUACCUCAGACGACAGCUUUGUUGGUCUAGUAACAGCAAACCUCAUGGGUUCAAGAUACUAUGUCUGGAAUAAGGGCCGGUCCCCUAGGACACGGGUUGAAAGAUCAAGAUUGCUUGAGGCUAUUGUUGAGUUUGCUCCCACCAUUGCUACCUGGACUGGGAGGCACAGAAGUCUUAGAGCAUGGAUUUCGAAGCAGCAGCCUCAGUCCACGCAGUCGAAGAAUACAACUAAUAAUCAGGUACAAAAUGUGAAGGGUCUUCCUUCACAGUGGUGGGAGGGGAAGAUGGACCAAGACCAAGUUCAUUGCCUUUCAUCAAGAGUGCCGCAUUAUAACAAGAUUUCAAAGAAAUACGAGUUGGAUUUCAGAGAGAAAGUCAGAGCUGGCCUUAGAAUUCAGAGCUCUGUUAAGAACAUCCAACUUACUAUGGAGGGGAGUGGAGGACAAACUAUCCUGCAGCUUGGAAGAUUGGGCAAGUCAAAGUUUGUGCUUGAUUAUAGGCAUCCACUGACUGGAUACCAAGCAUUCUGCAUCUGUUUGGCUUCGAUCGAUCCAAAACUUUGCUGUACAGUAUGAAAGGCUUCUUCAUCUUUUGGUUGCUACAUUUUUGGGGUUGCCUACAAAUAUGUAAUUUUGAGAAGUUUUUAGUGGGAUAUGAUAUGUGUAUUAUUCAAAAAUCAGGGAGAUGAUAUGCUUUACUGGGAAAAAUCUGUUGCUGCUGUAACAGAACAUUCACAUAUCGUGAAAUCGAAUACUUAAGAAGUUAGUGUAUGAUAGA